AUGACACAAUAUUUGAGACUGGAAAUUAAUGGAAUAAUAGAAAUGAGCGCGAGACAUUACGCGGAAGAGUACCAGAGGAUUGUUGACUUCGCAAUGCCCAUCAUCAAAAAGUAUGACGAGUUGACACAACCACUCGCAUUCUGGGUGUUUGAUAUUAAAGGCGUAGAAGACGCGAUUGCACUGUGGAAAAAGGCAAUGCCACACAUCAGACCACACUUCGCAAUGAAGAGCAAUCCAGAGCCACAUCUUGUUGAGUUGCUUGGAAACCUCGGGUGUGGGUUUGACUGUGCGUCUCUUGGCGAAAUCAAAGAAGUCCUCAAACUUGGUUUCUCGCCAGCUGACAUCACUUACAGCCACUGUUUCAAGCCGUACGACCAGUUACUGAAAGCGUACGAACUUGGAGUUCGGUUGACCACCGUUGAUUGUAUUGACGAGGUCCAAAAGGUGAAAAAGUACGCACCAGAGAUGGGGGUGAUGGUCAGAAUCCUCCAGAACGAUGGAACAACAGAUUUCUCUUAUGGAAAACGAUUUGGGCUGAAGCCAGAAGAAGUUGAGGAAGUUGUUGCCGAGAUCGCAAAACAAGAACUCAAAAUGAGAGGAGUUCAUUUCCACAUUCGUUUUGACUCGCACAACGAGAAAACAAUUAUCGAGACAUUGAAGUCCGCAAGAGACGUUGUCACCAUCGCACAGAAGUACGGUCUCAAACCCGACUUAUUUGACAUUGGGGGUGGGCACAUGCAAAACGAGGACUUCGAAAAGUUCGGAAAAUUGUUUGAAGACACUAUUACAAGUCUUAAAUUCCCAGACGGCAGCCACUUUAUUGCAGAACCUGGUCGCUUUUUGUCUUCAAAUGCCUUCCACCUUGUCACUUCCCUUCACGGCAAAAAGGUAAAGAAAGUGAACGGCGAAAAAAUGAUUGACUACACGAUUGGUGACGGUGUGCAUGGGUGUUUGGCUUUUUGCUUCAUGUUCAAGAAAGAGCUGCCAUGUUUCUCGCCAACGUGCAAGAACCCAAACAAGGUGAAUUCUAUCAUAUAUGGGACGACGUGCAACGGCGCGGAUCGUGUAUCGUCUGGGUUGUUCCCAGAAAUGCAGCCAGGCGUCGACUGGCUUAUUUUCCCAAGCACUGGAGCCUACUCUAUCACCCUCGCUACAAACUUCAACGGCUUCAAUUUCAGACAACACGACGUCUACGUAAUGCCAAACAAAGACGUCAAGAAAAUUGAGGUACCUCUUAAAAUCGAGAAGCACUCUGUACAUUCCUUAGUCUCGGGUGUCUCUCAUUGGAUCAAAAACGAAAACUAA